ACAAAGUUGUCCUCCCAAUUUUUUACUGCACCCAUAUUUGAUCCUACUUAAAUACUCCUCUAUUCUAUGUGUAACAGGAGUACUUAAGAGAAAGCAUGGAGGAGGAGAAGCUGAAGAGUUAUUGUGUAACAGGAGGCAGUGGCUUCAUUGGUUCAUGGUUGGUUAGGUCUCUCCUUCAAAUGGGUUGCAAGGUCCAUGCUACUGUGCGCCAUCCAGAGAAGUCAUUACAUCUGAUGAAGCUGCCCGGGGCCAAUGACCGGCUGAGAUUGUUCAAAGCUGAUUUAAGAGAAGAAGGGAGCUUCGACGAAGCAGUGAGAGGUUGCAGUGGUCUAUUCCAUGUUGCUGCACCCAUGGAAUUCGGAGUACAAGCCACAGAAAAUGUUGACAGCUAUGUUCAAGAAAAUGUCGUAGAGCCAGCAAUCCAGGGUACCUUGAAUGUUCUGAAAUCCUGCUUGAAAUCCAACUCUAUAAAAAGAGUUGUUUUCACAUCAUCAAUCAGUACAGUGACUGCCAGAGACAGCUAUGGAAACUGGAGACCUCUUGUGGAUGAAUCUUGCAAAAUACCUGUCCAACAUGUUAAGCACACAAAACCUAGCGGCUGGGUUUAUGUACUAGUAAAGGUUUUAACGGAGGAGGCAGCAUUCCAAUUUGCAAAGGAAAAUGGCAUUGAUUUGGUUUCAAUAAUAACACCAACUGUAGCUGGUCCGUUCCUCACUCCUACAGUUCCUUCAAGCAUUCAAGUUCUCUUGUCACCAAUAACAGGUGAUCCUGAAUUGUUAGCUAUACUAAGUGGUGUGAACUCAAGAAUGGGAUCAAUUGCAUUAGCUCAUAUCGAGGACAUAUGUUGCGCUCACAUAUUUCUGAUGGAGAACACAAAAGCAGAAGGACGAUAUAUAUGCUGUGCCCGGAGUUGGGCUAUGUCUCAAGUUAUCGAUCACCUUACAAAAGAGUAUCCUAGUCCUGCUUUAGACAGGCAAGCAAGAGGAGGACAUGAUUUGGUGAUGCCUUCCGAGAUAUCUUCAAAGAAAUUGAGAGAUCUGGGAUUUUCUUUCAAGUAUAAUAUCGACGAUAUCAUAAGAGAUACAAUUAGUAGCUGUAUGGAUAAUGGCUUCUUACCUUCUAUUCAAAAGGGAACAAGUUCGCCUCCAGUACACCGUCCGUCCAGUUCAUGCGGUGCACCUUUAAUUUCGUGACACCUGCCGACUUUUAAAUCUAAUGGUUGAUAUUCAUUUAACUAAAACAACCCCUUAAACCACUGAUGCCUUAGGAAUUUGAAUAGUUAUUUUUUGUGACACAUUCUCUCAAUUCUUGACUCGUAUGUUCAUCUAGUACUUGUUGCUUAAUACUUCGUUAUGUGACUAUUACUUGCUUAGACUUGAGAGUUAGAAUGACAUCGUUCUAAUUGA